AUGGCACCCGACGACGACACAAACCGCAACCAAACACCCUCGAAUAGCAACACUUCCCCUCGGAGUACCCGGCAAUGGCCGGAUGACGAUAACCCCUUCGUUGCAUUCCGCCGCUACGCAGACGAGCAGAUCUCCUCCAUGCUGCAAUCCAUCAUGGGCCUCCCAUCAAUGGUCACUCCACCAGUACCAAACCGAUGGAGCAUCUUCGCAGAUGACUCUUACGACAAUGUGCGUGCGAGACGACCCGAGGAAAACAGUAACCCGGAAGAUGGCGCAUUGUCCAGACAAGGCGAUUCUCUCGAUGCGUACCGCUACUGCAACCGCUGGUGGAACGGAUUUGUUGGGUUCCCGGGUUUCUGGCGGUCUGAUUUCGAUGAUGUUUUCCCGUUUGGGUCCCGGUUUAUGCUUCCGUUUUUUACCUCGUUUGAUGAGGGAUUCGAUGAUACUGCCUCUUGGCCCGGGGCAUACCUGCUAUUUAGUCCGUACUCGCCGUUGAAUCUGGAGGGUUCUUCUCUGGGAGGGCAGCAUGAGGGCGGUGUUUUCUCCUCGCUCGUGUCGUCUUUGAGGCCUGGCUGCAAUAGGGGUGCUGUGGAAAACAACGCCGAACCCCGCUGGCACGAGGCGUUCGAGGAUCUUGUGCGAUUGGAGAAUGGACAACAGAUGCUGGAAUGGGAGUCUGAGGCCGAUGCAGUGAGCAAGAAGGAGACUGGGAUGGACUGGUUGAAAGGAAUGAUUCAACGGGGCAGUCUGGGUGACGGAUGGGAGUGGCAGCAGGCAGACGAUAACCCUAAUAAUGGAUAUGUCAUGCUCGAACGGGGCCAGCUCCCUCGUCCGUCUGAGCGGGGUGCUGAGACUGAGAAUGUGAAGAAGGAUGAUAUAGGCCUAACUAAGCAGGAUCUGUAUGAGCAUUUCCUGGAAGGCCUUGAGAGACGCGAGCGCGAGUUCUCCAGGAUUUUUGAUGAAAGUCGUACCUUGCGCUUCCUUUUGGGAGACCCUCGACGCAAAGAGGAGCUUCUUGAACGUCAGCGCAGACUCCCAGAGGAGGCUGACAACCGGACCGUGACUGGCGAAACCAACAAGACCCAUGCCUCAGAGCUCUCUCAACCCCUCUCGACAGAACAAGCCAAAACCGAACCCCGUGUGGUCUCCACGCACACAAACACAAGGCGAAACCGCAUGGCCGACGGAUCCAUCCACACAAAGACCGUCAAGACGCAACGUUUCUCCGACGGACACGAAGAAACCAACGAGUCCAUCGAUGUUGCUAACUCGCCCGAGCAACGUUCCACCGCUGACCAGAGCGGUGAACAGAGCUCCAACGAGGGCUGGUUCUGGCGGUGA